CUCAUAGCAAUACGAAUCAAGAGUCGCGCAGUCUGAAUUUAGUCGAGCGAGGCGCGACACACAUUCGCCUGUCCUGAGCUGUGCUUAUUAUUGCGGUAGUGAUAAUGCCCUUGCAUUAGAAGCCACCGACCCAGCAGUCACACACACCUCUCGGUGCAAUGAGUAAAGAAGCCAGCAAUAAUAACAAAAAGGACGCUUCAGACCUUCAGGAGGUGGAUCUGGAGUCGGGCGAGCAGCAGCGCCGCGCCAAGAGUGGUAAAGGAAGUAGCGGCGACCCCUCCUCCGCGAGCGGCGCAGCUGGACGGUCGGCGGCCUCCAAGGUGCAGUUCCGACGGUCGCUGCAGAACUGGGCGGCCAUGGCAGCCCUGGCUGGCAUCAUCGGUGCCUUGGCCGUCGCCCUGGCCCUCGUGCUUGGAUGGCUCUUUGUGCUGCAGCUGGCCAUCGUGGCCGCCGUGGCCUGGUUUGUGGCCGCUGGUGGCCUUCGCUGGGCGUACGUUGCCAUCCGGACGGCUCCCAGGGACGCAACGGCGCUGUACCUGUACAUAAGGCUAAAAUUGGAAAUAAGAAGCCACGCCAAGGCCGACAGAACUGUAGCAGACAUCUUCAGCCUGCAGGUGAAGAAAACGCCAAACAAAGUGUGUCUUCUCUUCGAAGACCAGAAAUGGACUUUCAAACAGGUAGAAGAUUACAGCAUCAGAGUGACCAAAAUGCUCCUUGCCCGUGGUUUCCAACACGGAGACGUUGUUGCAAUCCUUGCCAGCAAUCGACCCGAGUACAUCGCCCUUUGGCUCGGCAUGUGCAGGAUCGGUGUGAUCGCCGCCCUCAUUAACACCAACUUGCGAAAGCAGGUUCUCAAGCACUCUAUCAACAUAUCAAACGCUAAAGCUCUCAUCUAUUCUGCUGACUUUGCUGAUGCCCUUGCCGAUUUAGGAGACGAGGGAUUGCCAAGAGGCACGACCCUGAUUAGGAUGGACCCCAUCAAGGGCCCGAGACUUGGAGAAAUAGAGCUAGAUUCCCUGAUGGCCGAGCACGAUGCCGAGGCCCCUCUGACUUUGCCCGAGGGCUACAAGAAAGCUGGAUUCCAGGAUCCGCUAGUCUACAUUUACACAUCAGGCACAACAGGAAUGCCCAAAGCAGCAAUCAUCACUCACUCAAGGUUCAUUUUUAUGGUUGGUGGAAUCCACUGGCUUGCCGGGGUGAGUUCCAACGAUCGCCUCUAUGUGACUUUGCCUUUGUAUCACACUGCUGGAGGAGUGACUGCUGUCGGCCAAGCAUUGGUCUAUGGCAGUUCAGUGGCCAUUAGGGGGAAAUUCUCUGCGUCUGCUUUCUUCAAGGACUGUGCCAAGUAUGAGUGCACUGUUGCACAAUAUAUUGGCGAAAUGUGCCGGUACUUGCUAGCCGUCCCACCAGGCCCCCAAGACACUGCCCAUCCCGUCCGAAUGAUGUAUGGAAACGGCUUGCGCCCACAGAUUUGGAUUCCAUUCACUGAGAGGUUUAAUAUUUCAAGGAUAUCAGAGUUUUAUGGAGCAACGGAGGGCAAUGCAAAUAUAAUCAAUCCUGACAACACCGUCGGAGUUAUUGGAUUUGUGUCCAGAAUCUUUCCCUCGGUGUAUCCCAUUUCCAUCAUCAGAGUCGACCCUGAGACUGGAGAUGUCAUUCGAGAUUCAAACGGACUUUGCAUACCGUGCAAACCAGGGGAACCUGGUGUUUUCAUCGGCAAGAUCAUCCCAAACGACCCGAUUCGAGCCUUCCUCGGCUAUGUCGACAAGAGCGCGUCAGAAAAGAAAGUGGUCAGAGAUGUUUUCAAAAUUGGAGACUCAGCAUUUCUCUCAGGUGACAUUUUGGAAAUGGAUGAGUUGGGCUACCUUUACUUUAAAGACAGGACUGGAGACACCUUCAGAUGGAAAGGCGAGAAUGUAUCGACAUCAGAGGUUGAAGCUGUUAUUAGCAAUCUGAUCAGUUACCGCGACGCCAUUGUUUAUGGAGUUGAGGUACCAGGUGCAGAAGGCAGAGCUGGAAUGGUUGCUAUCCACCAGGGCAAGGACAAUCCAGUAGACUUAGAGGCAUUUGCGGAUGGAUUGAAGGCAGCUCUGCCCACCUAUGCAAGACCAAUAUUUGUCCGAAUUUUGUCUGAGCUCGACCUUACUGGCACGUUUAAACUAAAGAAGACCGAUCUGCAGAAGGAAGGAUUUGAGCCAAAGAAAGAUCCCGUAUAUUACUUGGCAAGCAGUGGAAAGUAUGAGAGGAUAACUGACGAGGUCUUUGAGCACAUAAAUGUAGGCAAAGUUCGUUUGUAAAGUAUGAAUUUUAAGACUGUUUCAUACUCGCAAGAAAAGCUUACUAUCUGAAAAUAGGUGAUUAAAAUGUGUUUCAUUACCCAAGCAGCGCGUGAUUGCACAUGGGAAUAGAUGAAAACUAUACACGAUUGUUUGGUGCAUUUCAUAGUACUUGUUGCAUUUUGUUGAAAUUGGUUUCAUUUAGAUCUGAAGAAGUACUUAAAUAUUGCAUAGACUUUUAAAUUCAAUGUCGAACGAAGAACAAAGUGGGAAGGUGAUACCUUGUUACGUUUCCAUAUAGUUUAAUUACCUAUAAUUUCGUGGAUAUAUGUAAUGCAUAAUUAUUAUGCAGUGCAUUUUUGUAAAUGAUAUUUUUUAUACAAACGUGUAUAUCUGUGACCAUAUCUUGGUUAUGUCGAUUGAGUUGCAUAUUUUUGAAUGGGAAAGUUCAUCUGCUAGAAUAUUGUUCUGUUGCACUUCAUGCUCAAUAAAAUAUUAAACCAAAAA